ACGGCGAGGCUGCGGGGAGCGCGAGAGGAACUGGAGGGCGGCCCCGGGCAAAAUCCGACCUCGGGCACCCGGUUCUGGUGCCCGAACUGAGGACGAUUGUGGACGUUUGCGCUGUGCCAGAGAAGAAGAAGGGAGAAAACAGAAAUUAAAAAUGAGAACGACUGGACACGAGUGUUUCGUGCACACAGCUCCAGUCAAUGGAACCGGGGUGGAACUCUGCCACCAAAGACAAACAAAAAUCCUGGAUGUCCGACAGCAGUUCUUGGCGUGGAGCACCUCACCAGGCUUUUUUGCUGGUGAAACGUUUCCUGGUGAAGCAGCUGUUUGUGCAGUGCUUGUCUGGAGCCCGCAGAUUUGGGCAGAGGCAGAAGCGACUGUCUUCCAGUUGCGUCUGCACGGCGGUGAUAGGGAACCGCUCGGCCAUCUGCACGUUCUUGGGUGUGGAACCUCCGCCGUGGUGCAGGCAGCUGGACUUGCUCUGGUGAUCUGGUGUAGAUUCUUUAGUGCAACAGCGGGAGGAUCUGGCACGUUCCACACAGGCGUUUUUUACUUUGUCGUGGUCUUUUGAACUCCCUGACAAAGGUUGUAGUUAUGGGAUGACACUGCUCUAUCAGGACUGUAUUUUACUGAGUGGGAUGCAGACCUUUGAAGCAAAAAGCACUUGCACUCUCUUAAGUGGCAUUAAAUGAUCAGAACAUGCGAUGAUUUGAAGAGUAUCAUUGACCUUCUCCCCACCAUUUUGCAGUACCUGUCAUGCCAGUUUGUAAUUUGAAGGCUAUUGCAUAUCAGCUGUAUUACUGUUGUGACUCCGGUGGAGCUGGUGGGAGUUCUGUGAAGAACGACUUUGACCCAAAAAACUCAAUGAUAAAAUUUUGUGUUUGUAACUUCUGGGAUGCUUGGAGGACCUUUGCCUUCUCUUGUCUGUGUUUUCCAUAGAUGUUUGGAUUAGUUCUGAAAAGAAAUGAAGCCAGUGCCUCUGGGGUUAAUAGUAGCUGUGCUAUUUCAGCUCCUACUCAUUACUUAAAAAUUUUGCUCCUUUUUAUGAUUUUUUUUUUGUAUGUGUUAUUAUAAGACGAUGGCAUUUGGUGGUUGGAUGUGGGCUGUGCAUUGAGCACUACUGCUUGGCAAAGAAGUGACACUGCUCAGAUAGUAACCCGGCAUGGAGGUUGUUCAGAGAAGGCAGGCUUACAAGCCAAGCUGCCAUCAAUUUGAUGCCCAGCCACUUUGCAGGCGUUGGUACAGAAAAACGUGAAUUGUUAGUCUUGUGGCUCAAAGCCUUUGAAUCACUUCCCGUCUUUGUUGUGAAGCGCUUUUGCUUAUCGUUGUGGAAUAUGGUAGAAUUGUAUCCCUCAUAACAGGUGAUGUGAUCCACUGGAAAGAUAAUAUUUCUAGAUGAGUUGCAACAUCUCUCAAUUUUAACUGCAGUUGAGUACCAGCAGAGUCAGAACUUGAAGAUAAUAAUGGCACCAUUUGGCCUGCUGAAGCCUUACUGCACGUGGAGACAUGCAAGUCAGAGAAAGCACCACUGAGCUUUUUGGAUAUGAGGUGGAGAGGAUUGUAGACAAAAGGAAGAACAAGAAGGGCAAGUGGGAAUAUCUCAUCAGAUGGAAAGGUUACGGAAGCAAUGAAGAUACUUGGGAACCUGAACAUCAUCUCCUACAUUGUGAGGAAUUUAUUGAUGAGUUCAAUGGACUACACGUUAGUAGAGAAAAGCGAUCGAGACAUGGAAAACAGACCAGUACUACAAAAUUUUUACGGGAAAGCCGAGGGUCAUCUCUUGAGAAAAUAUCACAUAGACCUUCUGAAUCUGGGAAGGCAAAAGGGUCAGCACACAAAAGGAAGAGAAUUAAUCCUUCUCUACAAAAACAGAAACGAGGAUACGCAGCAAAGCCAGCAUCUGCUAAUGACAGGGCUGCUAAAACUGUAACUUACCGAACUACUCCCAGCGGUUUACAGAUCAUGCCACUGAAAAAGCCACAGAAUGGUCUGCAGAAUGGAGAUGGCAGUCAUGAAAAGGAUUCUAGACAUUUUGGGAAUGGCUCACAACAGCAAAACAUGGAUAUAAAUGAUCAUGAAGGAGAGCAAAAUUUGCCCAGCGUGUUGGAAGUUAGUAAUGAAUCGCCUGUUGUGAACGGAAUUGGUUCUUCUCUGGCCAAUGGAAGCCUGAAUCUACACAGCACUGUGAAAAGGAAACUAGAUGGGGAGAAAGAUUAUGUCUUCGAUAAGAGACUGAGAUACAGCGUGCGUCAAAAUGAAAGUAACUGCCGCUUCAGGGACAUUGUGGUGCGGAAAGAAGAUGGUUUCACACAUAUUUUGCUGUCGAGUCAGACUUCAGAUAACAAUGCACUGACCCCAGAGAUCAUGAAGGAAGUUCGGAGAGCAUUGUGCAAUGCAUCAGCUGAUGACAGUAAACUCUUACUUCUCAGCGCAGUGGGAAGUGUAUUCUGUAGUGGCCUAGAUUACUCAUAUUUAAUUGGCAGGUUAUCCAAUGACAGAAGAAAGGAAAGCACUAGGAUUGCAGAAGCUAUAAGGGAUUUUGUAAAAGCUUUUAUUCAAUUUAAGAAGCCAAUUGUGGUUGCUAUCAACGGCCCUGCUCUUGGGUUAGGAGCUUCAAUUUUACCACUAUGUGAUAUCGUUUGGGCAAGUGAGAAGGCAUGGUUUCAGACACCAUAUGCAACAAUCCGACUCACUCCAGCUGGCUGCUCAUCAUACACAUUCCCACAAAUUCUGGGUGUUGCACUGGCAAACGAGAUGUUGUUCUGUGGGAGAAAGCUGACAGCACAAGAAGCCUGCAGCAGAGGACUGGUGUCACAAGUAUUUUGGCCAACAACAUUUAGCCAAGAAGUGAUGCUCCGAGUGAAGGAAAUGGCGUCCUGCAGUGCAGUGGUAUUGGAAGAGUCCAAAUGCCUCAUGCGGAGCUUCCUGAAAUCCGGACUUGAAGAUGUGAAUGAGAAAGAGUGUCAGAUGUUGAAACAGCUGUGGAGUUCUUCCAAAGGACUGGAUUCGUUAUUCAGCUACUUGCAAGACAAGAUUUACGAAGUCUGAUGUCUUGCCCUAACUUAAACAGUAAACGCUCCAGUUGUGAACAGAGUGCAACGUUACCUGUGUUUGAAAAGCAGAGGCAGUGCGUCAUUGAGGAGUUUGUGACAGUGUGUCCUACUGCAUAUGGUUGUGUCGAUUUCCUUGUGAGCUACACGCUGCUUGUAGCCGGUUUGAUUUCGUGUAAGCGAGAUGUAGGCAGGCUUCUUCAGUGCACAUAUUCUACAGAGGGCUGCAUCCUUCACGUGCUCAUCCAGACAGAAACAUACAUUCCAUGUGCUGAGAAGCACCACUGAGGCCCACUAAGGCACACCAUCUGUAAGGAUCUUUUUUGCCUGUCCUCCUUAACUUAUUCCUGCUGUUGCAACGCAUUGGACACAGAGGGCUCAAUCUAAGAACCGGGUCGGCGCAAUAUUUUGUAGACCCAAACACCGUACUUUUGAAAUGGUUUGAUUUUUUUUUUUUUUUUUGCUAAGUUCUAACAGUGUAAUGGAAAAAUCUGGUAAUUUAUAUGUAUAAUAUGUAAAGUUAGUUUUACCAAAACUACUAGGAUUUUUUUCUUUGUUGAAUUUAUUUAACUUAUUUAUUUUGUGUUCAUAUUCAGCUGUUUAUUGAUCACAGAUCUUAUUUUCAUACUUCCCUUGACUGAAUUAACGGCAUCACGUGGGAAUGCAAACACACUUUGAGCAGCAACAUGUGUAGAAAAACAAAGAAUAUACAGAAAACACACAGAAUGCUGUGGGCACAAAAAAAAACAGCCACGUACACGCUCCUGUACAUGUAAAAUCGUAUAAAAAUGUAUGAAACGCAUUCAUUCGCCACGGUUGAGGGAAAAAAAGUGGAUUCUGAACUAGUGAGAUUCCCCCUAAGUCCCUCUUCACUUCCUGCCUUCUGGAGGAGCACUGAAGGGCUUGCCAACAAGAAGCUUUAUUUAAGUUUACGACAGUCCUGUUAGCCGGAUGUGAGUGACAGGGUGAGCGGUGCCGUUCCGUGGCACCUUACUGUUCUUCAGGUUUAAACAUCCCUUUUUGGUCUGAAGUCUAGAAGCAAACCCUUACGAGCCUUAGUCUAGUUGCCUGAUUCCUCAGGUGUGAGAUAAUUUCUGCUCUGGAGGCCUUUGGGUGUGGGCCAACAGUUUAUACAAGGUGCUAGGCAUUGAGCUAAGCGGAGGGAGAAGUUUCGGGUUGCUUUUCCCGGCCCUCCACAUCUGGCCCCCCCACCAUCUGGCCCCCAGAAUGUACGGCUAUCCAUACAGAGCCCACACGUAACGACUGAAGUCCAACCUGCUAUUUCAGAAUGUGAUCCUAGUACUUUUCAGUGACACUGACUGACUUCUGAACACUGGAUCGAUCUCGUUUAUUUCUUGCUAGUAAGGCAAUUAAUAUGGAAAUGACUCAAGCAUGCUCUGUGACUCCAGCUGCCAUUUUAGCACGCCUAAACUACCGCCUCCUGAAGCAGAAGCUUUGCACAUUUUUUUGUUUUGCAGUUUGUGCACUUGCUCUCCAUCCUUGAGCUCAUGGCUUAAAUCUCUGCAAACAAGGCUGGGAGCUUGCCUCCCUACAGCCCUUCCACAAAGAGCUUCGACAAAGCCUUUGCAAAAUUAUCUAACAGGUGAUUACAAUAAACCUUCAACACAUUUUUAUAACAUUUCCUGUUCCACAGCUAAUUAGAAGCACUGUUUCUAUGGCCUAAUUGCACCACUGAAUUUUAAGGAAAUGAUCACCCUAAAGGCAGAUGUUCUCGUGGAAAUUCUUCAUUAAAAAGACGAGGCCUGGCUUAUAAUAAACCUGCUUUCAUCUUUCAAGAAAUGCUCUCAAAACCAACAACUCCUGCUGUGCAGUGUGUGCACGGAGUCACCCGCGCUGCACCAGAUGAGGGGUUACCAAGUGAGAACCACUCGCACACACAAGUGUUUGCACAAUCAGGCCUCCAGCAGAUGACCACAGAAUCGUAACAAAAUAACAAAACUUCUACAAGCAAUGAAAAUACCACGAUUCCUCAAUUUCCUUUGUUUCCUUUACUCCCGUCCAGAGAGCCAUAACUCCUCGUCACGUGUUAAUAAGAUAUUAGGAAGUUUAUUUCGACACUGUGCUUGGGUUUUGUAGAUAAGUAAAGAGAAACUGCUCAGCAAUGUGAAGGUGUGCUUUCUAUAUGAGAUUUUCAAACGAAGAAGAAUGAUAAGCUGUUAGACCUUUAAACUGCAUCAUUUCAUCUGAUUUUUCAAAUAUCCGUAGCUUACCUUUUUUAUGACAAAGGAAUAGUUGAAAUACAUUUUCUAUAAUUAUUUUUCCAUUAAAGCAAGUGCUAACCAUAGUUAACAUUUUUGAUUAUUCAUAUCUAUACAGCUACAGUCUAGUUUUCAUGAAAUCUAUUUUCCCUUCCAGAAAAGAGUAAUAAUAAUGUCUGAAGCCUCUUUUCCAGUAUUUAAAGAUCAGAAUCGAUUUGCUCUGUCCUUACGAGGUACCCAGACAUUUCGAUGUACUGUACAUAUUAGUCUGGGGACCUUCACUAAUAUUCACAGUAUUUAAGAUGAUAAAUGCAAUUUGUUGUUAAGUAUGUUAUUUUAUUCUCGUGUAAAUUGUUUUGUACAAUCUUUAAAAAUCUACAGUUUUGCAUUUGUAGAUAUUAAAGGUAAGCAAUUUAUUUUGUGUUGUCCUGCAUGUAUAUUUUUGCUGUAGAUAAGUGUUGCUCUGUUUACUAUUUCAGUACAUUUCUGUUUAAAUGAAUAAGCUUACAAACUUUAAUACAGUAUAUAUAUUUUCAGAAUAUAAACUUUUAUAUUUCUGUGGUAGGUUAGGGUAUGCGUUUUAGGCAAUCUUUUUCACUACUAUUAACUGUUCUUUUAAUCUAUAAUAUAAAAUGGUUUUGUGCCAAUAGUUUUUAAUUAGAAAAAAAAAAAGGCUCUUUUAAUGUUAGGGAUAAACAAACAAUUUUGUUUGGGGUUUGUUUUGUUUUAUUUUGUUAUUUUUUUAAUUAUUUUGCCAGCCUUUAAAGUUUUAAAUGUAAUUUAUAAAUGUAUUGCAUUUGUGAAUAAGCCUUACCAUUAGGUACAAGAAAUCUUUAAAGCUACAUAAUGGCUUAUGUAGUACUAAGGACUUCCCCAACUAAUUGCUGUAAGAAAGUUAGCAAAUCAGAGUACAGGGCCUUAAGUUUUUCUUGUGAAAAGGAUAAUACGGGUUGUUUCCUUCAAACAACAUACUUGGAGUUGUCAGCAUGGGCUUUGUUAUAUUUAAACUGUGCAUUUGUGCUCCCAACCACAGUAGUUUAAUCUCAGGCUUUGUGUGGCUGGGUCUAUAAAAGUCAAAUCUGGCUAAAGCCACCACUCUUUAGGAGACACUAAAGAAGUUUACAUAAGAGACUUAUAGACAAUCUUAAUCGUAGUACAUUUGGGUACUCGGUAUCCUAGAUGUGUUAUCUGUGUCCGCCCAAUUAACCAUAUGUUUUAAGCCAUAUUAAAUCUCUUUACUGCUACUUUAAAUACUACACUGAAAGUCAUUCACUAGCUUGCUUGCUCACAGACAGACAGGACUUCGAUUUUUAGGGAAAGAAAAUAUUAUGCCUUCCAUAAAAACAAAGGACCAAAGAACUGCAUUAUUCUAAUGAAGCGUUAGUUCCGCAGCCAGUGAACUCGCAUGACAUUUGUACCGAAGAUCAAAGAGUCUCUUUCUGCUACAAACACUGCAUUCUCACCUGUGUCAAACGUAAGGGGAAAAGACGUGUCCACUGAGGAUUGGGACAGGAGUGAUGUUCAGCUAGGAUGGCAUGUCUAUUGGUAAGGCUUAUUACCAAACCUCUGAGAUGAAGCAAAGAACCAAAAAUUCACAAAUUAUGUCAAUGUAAAUUUAUUUUCAGAACUUGCACAAGUAAUUAAUUGUAGAACUUCCCAAAUUAGACCCUUAAGUUAUUUUGUCAGAACGCCAUGGAACAGACUAAAACAGUUUCUAAUAUUUGUAAUGAUGAGUGCAUAUUAUAAUAUUAUAAGGGUACAGGCACCCCUAUAUCACAGUGUUGUAAAUAUUUUCUGAAACUGGUACAGUACUGAGGGACUUGUAUCUUCUGAUAUAUCAAAUAUUGACUGUCUAGAUCAAAUUGUACACAAUUUAUUUGUUGAUGGUCCUGUAACUAGUGUAUGGACACAUUUCUGGGUGCCUUAGAAGUUGUAUUUUUCAUGUGUGUUAAUAUGCAGUAUUUAUACAUUGUGAGAAGCUGCUUUGAAUAAAAACAUUGAAACUUCA